AUAAUCCCAAUUUUAUGUAAUAUAACUGUGUAAUUUUAUUUUUAUUUAGUUGGUAUGCGAGAAUAUUUUUCAGAAAAAAAUUUGUCGUUUUUUUUUGUUAACUGUUACUGAACUAAAUUAUCGUUAAAGAAACGGGUUGUGUUCUUUAACACGUCGUUUAAGCUCGUAUCGUGCUUAAAAAUAAAUUUCGAAGGAUUUAAUAUAACAAAACAUGGAAAUACAAAAUGCACCAAAUAUGAGUUUAAGUUUAAUUGACGGAGCUGGAGAAAGGGAUUAUGAAAUAUUUUCGAACAAUUUUUGGGGAAAAGAAGAAGCAGGAUAUGAAGUACUCACGUCAAGACUAAGGCAAGCUAAACAAACUUGUGAGGAUGUUAGAAAUAUGUUUCAUGAAAGAGCGUUAAUAGAAGAAGAGUAUGCAAAGAGAUUAAUGAGAAUUUCCAAAAUACCAAUUGGGAAAGAUGAGUCUGGGACAUUACGAGAUGCAUUGGAAGUGUGUAGGCAAGAAUUGGAGGCAACAGCAAAAGAACAUAUAACAUUAUCACAGAAAAUCAGAACUGAACUUGAACAAGAAAUAACACAUUUUAUAGCCAGACAAAAAGAAACCAGGAAAUUGCAACAAGCUAUUGCGGAGAAAAGCUUGAGGAAUAAGAGAGAACAUGCAAUAUUAGUUCAAAAGGCCAAAGAAAGGUAUGAAUCAGAAUGUAUAAAAAUACAAGGACUAUUAGCUGGUAAAAAUUCAAUAAUGGGAAAAGAUUUAGAAAAGUUAAAUUUGAAGAUAGAGAAGGCGCAAAUGUCAGCAAAAACAGCAGACCAAGAAUAUAUGAAAUUAGUUAAGGAUGCACAAGACAUAUCACAAAAAUGGAAUUAUGAUUGGAGAACAGCGUGUGAUAAAUUUCAAGAUUUAGAAGAAGAGAGAGUCGACUCGUUAAAAACUUUUUUAUGGACUUAUGCAAAUCUCAUUUCAACGGUUUGUGUAGCAGAUGAUGAAUCUUGUGAGAGAAUUAGAGUUUCGUUGGAACAGUGCAAUGUUGAGAAAGACAUACAAAUAUUUAUUAAAGAGAGUGCAACAGGACCCGAAAUGCCUGAACCACCAAUUUAUGUUAAUUUCUACGCAGGACCAAAAGAGGAUGAAGUAAGGUAUAAGGUAGCAUCAUUUGAUAGAGUACCAGCAUAUAUAGACGGAAAUACAACAACGGCACUAGAUCCACUUUCAUUACAUGAGUAUCAUUCAGCGCAAAAUAUUAAUUCUAAUGGUAAUGGUUAUCACACAAGAAACGGUUCAGAAGAUUAUAAUAGUAUGAAUAAAGAAAGAGCGCAAUUAUAUGCUAAUACAACAUUAAAUACCAUAAAUAAUAACUAUAAUAAUAAAAGUGAGGGAGAAGGAAUUGAACAAAUCGAAGAAGAUCCUGUUGAUCCCAGGGCAAAACAAAUGUUAUCAAUUGGGGACAAUGUAUUUGAAGUAGAAACUGAUGGUAAACCAGUAGAAAAAGAUGAAAUAGCACAAGCAUUAGCGAAUAUGCAAUUAACUGAUGGAAAUAAUAAUAUUGUUGAUAAUGAUAAUCUAUUAAAAUUUCAUUCAACUGGCGGAAGUAUUUCAGGAGGAGGAAAUAAUCCGAUAAAUGUUAAUGGAGGUGGAUCAAACAGGAGGCCUUUACCGGUUAAUUUUGUUACUGAUAAACCACAGCCUCUACUUCCAAGCGAUCAAACUAUUAUCCAACAGCAGCAACAGCAACAACAGCAACAACAGCAACAACAGCAGCAACAGCAGCAACAGCAGAUAAGUAAUAUACCUCAUCAUCAACACAAUAAUUCACAAACUCGAAUACAAUUUAAUCAAUACCAAUUAAAUGGCAAUAAUUCACCAACUCCCACUACAAUCGCCAAUAGUAGUGGUAUAAAUAUAAAUGGACCGGGAGACUUAAGACGACAAUCUUCGGAUUCCAAUAAUAAUGGACCUAUUUCUUCACAACAACAACAAAUUUCUCAAAAUAUGAACAUGAGACCAUCAUCUCAACCUCAGUCCAAUCGAAAUAGUCAGCAACAACAGGGUCCUGGUGAUAUUAGAAGAUUGUCUAAUACAAAUUCUUCUUCGCCAACACUUACACAGGUACCUCAACAAGGUGGAUAUCAACAACAACAAAUACAAGGACAAAUGAUCUCACAAGAUCAAAUUCCCACUCAAGGAAAUAACAAUAAUAAUAAUAAUAACAGCAGCAAUUUAAACAGAUCAGAUACUUUACGUACUACUUCCACUAAUAGUAGUAAUAAUUCUUUAGGUAUACAAUUAGAUGUACUUGGUCGCGUUAAACAAGAUGAUUUAGCUGAGAGUUUUGUAAUUAAUGGCGGUAGACUACCACCUGAAUCUGCUAGAUUUCAAAUGAAUUCGCAAGGUAUCCCUCAAGGUGUACAACAGCAAAUAUCUUCUCAAGGUCAAAUUUCUCCACAAGGACAACAAGUAUAUCAACAUAAUAAUUAUAAUUUACCAAUAAAUCAGUCUUCAUUUCGUGGUCAACCUCAGCAGGUUGUUAGGCAGCAACAAAUUAUUUCUCCACAAAUUCAGCAACAAGUUCAGCAACAACAACUGAAUAGAAGUAAUACUCUUAAUUCAAAUUCCACUUUGACUAGUGCUUUUCAUCAUCAACAACAACAAGGUAACCCAAGAACUACUUUACAAGGCUCUGUUAGUGUUCAACAACAACAGCAGCCACUUGUUGGAGGUCAACUUGCUGGACAACCUCAGCAUCAACUUAAUUUUCAGGAUCAAAAUUUCUAUACUGGUCCUAUAAUGGCUCAAGCUCAAUAUCAAAGACCUCCUGUUGGUGGUGGCGCAAAUGUUCAAGGGUUCCAACAAAUACAACAAGUACCUCAGCAGCAUCACCUACACAGACAAUUACCUCAAUUUGGCUUACAACAAUCACUUCAACCAAUGGCGAGAGGAAUUCAAUUACAAUAUGGUCACCAACCAAUUUUACAAAGAUCUAUUAUUCCUAUAGACAAUCGACAGCGUACUGAAGAUGGUAAACCAAUUGAAUUCUAUGUUAAAGCAUUAUAUGAUUAUCAAAAAACUAUACCCGAAGAAAUUUCAUUUACUGCUAACGAUGUUAUAGCUGUUUUAAAUACCCAUAGUGAUGGUUGGUGGGAAGGAGAGAUAUUAGAUGAAACGAGAAGAAAUAGAGGUUUGUUCCCAAGUAAUUAUACCGAAAUCUUACGGUAAAUUAUUUUAUAUGAAAUACUUAAAAUAAGUAGAGAAAAAUUGCGAUUGAAUUAAUGUUUAUAUAGAAUUAUAUUUUUGUACAAUUAUUUAAUAUUAUUUUUAUUUAGCAGUUAGUAAUAAACUUUGUGUAAAUACUUUGAUAAGGUUAAAAUGUCUAAUUUAAUUAAUUAUUAAACGAUUAUAAGUUAGUCUGUUAUGG